CCCCGGCCUGGCGGGGCUUCCUCCCGGCCGCCAUGGCCGCGCCCGCCGCGGGGACCGAGCUGCCCGUGCCCGAGUCAGGUGCUGUUUUCACAUUCGGGAAAAGCAAAUUUGCAGAAGACAUUCCUAGCAAGUUCUGGUUCAAAAAUGACAAGCCUGUACUUAUAUCAUGUGGAGAUGAACAUACAGCUAUUAUUACAGGGAAAGGUAAACUGUACAUGUUCGGCAGUAACGACUGGGGCCAGUUAGGACUAGGAUCAAAGAACACUGUCAGCAAACCAACCUGUGUUAAAGCUUUAAAACCAGAAAAACCAAAACUUGCUGUAUGUGGAAGAAACCACACUUUAGUUUACACAGAAAAGGGAAAUGUCUAUGCUGCUGGAGGUAACAGUGAAGGCCAGUUGGGAUUAGGUGACACAGAGGAAAGGACCACGUUUCAUUUAAUUAGCUUUUUCACCAACCAGCACAAGAUCAAGCAACUAUCAGCUGGAUCAUACACCUCAGCAGCAGUAACUGAGGAUGGGCAGCUCUUUGUGUGGGGUGAUAAUUCAGAAGGGCAGAUUGGCCUGGCCAGUGAAGCCUCUGUCAGUGUCCCCUGCAAAGUGGAUAUUGGAAAACCUGUUUCCUUUGUAUCCUGUGGAUAUUAUCAUUCUGCCUUGAUUACAGGAGAUGGUGAGCUCUAUACUUUUGGAGAAGCUGUGAAUGGGAAACUGGGAUUAUUCCCUGAACAGCUGAAGAACAAUAGAGUCCCACAGCCUGUACUGGGAAUUAUGGAAAAGGUUAAUAAGGUUGCUUGUGGUGGAGAACACACUGUGGUGUUGACAGAGACAGACGUUUAUACUUUUGGACUUGGACAGUAUGGGCAGCUGGGACAUGGAACUUUUGUGUUUGAAAGUUCAGUACCGAAGCCUGUGAAACGCUUGAAGAGGCAUAAAAUUUGUAACAUUGCAUGUGGGGAAAAUCACACUGCUGUGAUAGCAGAGAAUGGCCUGAUGUUUACUUUUGGAGAUGGACGACAUGGAAAGUUAGGAUUUGGAGAAGAGAGUUUUACAAAUCUGUUUGAUCCCACUCUGUGUUACAAUUUCUUGAAAUUCACAGUCCUUUUGGUUGCUUGUGGGGGUUGUCACAUGCUGGUUUUUGCUGCUCCAAGACCUAAAGGAUCUGAAAUACCCUUGGAAGAUUUAUAUGAGCCUCGUUUGACUGCUGCUACCUCUCAAACCAGAGGGGACUUUGUACUGGCAAACACUUUACAGUUGUCAGCAGCACGAAUGCGACGUCGAGAGAGGGAAAGGUCACCAGAGCAGUUUGCUCGAAUGGCACAAACUCUGCCUGCAAUGGGGGAAGGCUUCUUAAAAUCUUCAUUGCCUGUGGCAAGCAACACCAGCCCAUUCUGGUUUUCUGCAACAAGUCGUCCUAAAGCUGAAUCUGGGAGGGAUGGAGACCAUGACAAAGAAAAUAAUCAUCAAAAAGAUAAACCUAGUGAAGUUUCUUCAGAACAAGACUCAGAUAAUGAAAAUAUUGACAGAAACCUUGGGGAUACAACUGACAUCCUAAAUAUGACACAUGCAAUGAAGUUGAAUCCUGGUGACUGGUCCUUAAAAUUAUCACCACUCCAAAAACAGAAGGAAGAGGGGGAAGAAGGAGAUGAGGAGGAAGGGGAUUUAGGAGAGGAGGAAGAAGAGGAUGAGGGAGAAGAAGAUGAGGAGGAAGAAGAAGAAGAAAAAGAAGAAGAAGAAAUAGAAGAAGUAGAAGAACUAGAAGAAGUAGAAGAAGUAGAAGGAAAAGAAGAAACAGGAAGAGAUGAAACAAAAGAAGGAACAGAGAAAAAAGAGGAAAAAGAGGAAAAAAAUGAAAAAGAAAAGGAUCGUAAAUCACCUGAGGGAGAGACAAGCAGUAGUAGUAGCACUGGGGAAACUGGAGAGACAGAGGAGACUACUCAGAAAGAGACCGUCUUUCAGCAGGAGAAGGAAAGCACUGACAAUCACACUGUGAACAAUUCUUCAGAGAACACUGAUGACCAAAAAACUGGAGGAAUUGUGGGGAGAAAAAAGUUUUCCCUGUUUAAGCGAAAGCCACUGACAAGCCAGAAGAAUGUAUGUAGCAGAAAGGAAGACAGCUCUGAAAAGCCAUUGCAGAGUGAAGAAAAGGAAAAGGAAGAUUUAACUGGUGAAGGCAGUAAGGAUGAAAAUCAGAAUCAUACACUGGAGAAUUCCAGUGAAACUGUGACUAACCAGGACAGAAGGAUGAAAGUUAAUACAUGUAUAUUGCUGUAACACUGUUAUAAUACAUGAGAAUGUGACAGUCUUAAAGCAUACAGUGCAAUUUUUACUUGAAAACAGUUAUGACUAGAGAUGUUGAUGGCUGCUUUUUUUUUUUUUUAUUGAUUGGAUUGCUGUAAUUUUAAAUAGGCAGAUGAUUUUCUUGGUAUUUAUUGGUAAUUUUAAUAGUUCAAAAUGAUAUGCUUAUCAGCGCCUUGCUGGAGUUCUGUGGCCUUACCUGUUGAUGUUCUAAAGAAAAAUAUGGGGGUUUUUUAUGUGAAAAGUUGAAUACAAGCAUUUUAUGGUUUUGCUAAAUAAUUUUAUUCUGUUUCAGUCUACAGAGUACCACUUUCAGCAUGACACUCUUGCAAAAUUAUAAUAUUUGAUAUAUUACUUGGUUUAACAACCUAGUUAAGAAUAUUUAAGGUACUCAGAAAUAUACAUGUUUCUUUCUGUUUUGACAUAGAAAAAAUAGCAGUAAAACUUUCAAGCUAACUUGUAGGCCAUUAUGGAAGAAGUUACUUGAGUAUGUGCCUAAUUUCACACAUGGCAGCAGUCCCAGUGGAAACAGUAUAAGGAUGGAAAUAUCCUGCCAAACUGGGACAGGGAGAAAGCUUUUAUUCCUGAGAGGUGCUGAAAACCUUUGCUCCUGCUGAAAUUGGCAUAAGCUGAUGGGCUUCUCUCCUACUGAAUCAGGCCCAGUGAAAACUGGACACCCUCACUCUUGUUUCACUUGAAUUCUAAUCCUGUAUUCUCUAAACAUCCACACCUUAAUGAGUCUCCAGUGAAGCUUUUCCUCACAGGAAAAUAAUGCAACCAGAGGUACUGUGGCAUCAGUAUGACAGACUGAUCAUCAUGGAGUAAAUAUUCAUAUUUUUCUCAGGCAGACUGGCUUUUCUUCAGAUGGACACUUGGCAGGAGGAGCCAAAAAUCAGUACAAAUAAAAACUGCUUAACACCACUUAGCAUUAAGAAGCAGGAAUUCUUUAUUCAGCCAGAUGCUCAAGGGGAUAUCUCCUCCAAAAUAUUGUGCAGGCUGAGUACAGAAAAAGCUCCUGAUGAGAUACUGUAUUUUUCAUACAUAGUCAUUGAUUUUCCCAGAAUGAACAAACACAUACUGAAUAAUUUCCCUGAAAUCAUUAAUAAAUUUUCCCUCCCAUUUACACAGUUCUUCUGUCCUAGAGGUCCCUUUGCUGGUCCCUGGUGCUCAGUGACCCCCGCAGUGAUCCCUGACCACACAGUGAACUGGCAAAAGGUGGGACAACUGGGCUGGUUGCUUUCCGGUUCUUCCUUCAAUUUCCCUAGUUUCAGAGUUGCUUAAAUUUUAUAUAAUAGGUCAGAAGUGUCCAGAAUUGAUUUCAUCCUAGGAGUUGGUUCACCUGCAUGCUUUGUCCUUAUAAGUAUGGCAGGUGCCCAGAUUCUUUCACGAGGCUUCCUCUGUGCUCCCAUAAUCAUCAUACUAAAAACCUGGAUGCUUGGGUCAUCCUUUGCCAGAGUUAAUUAGGAUCCUUUUGUGUCUUUUAUUUUUCUUUGGGCUACUCCUGGGUUCUGCAGUGAACCUUACAUGAGGGGUUUUUUUCUCCAUUAUAUUCACAUAUUUUCUUAUUUCUCUGAAUGCUCAUGUGGUUUUCAUGUGGUUCUACUUGGAUACUGUUGAGAAGAGUAAAGUGGAGAAGGAGAAAUAAAGUAAUUGGUGCCGUCAUUAAUUUAAAUAAGCUUUAAUUAUUUUUUAAGGGGAGAUCAGUCACAGAUAUUGUUACUGUAAGAACAAUUUCUUUUUUUAAAGGUGAACUAAGUUAGUGAGAAAUAUUACUUUGAAAUUGGAAUUACUGUCAAACUUAACACUACAGAAGUUUAUGCAAUGGACUGUAAACUGCUGUGUGUCUGAGCAGUUUCAGGGACUGGUACAUUUAUCUUGUCCAUGUACUUUGCUCAACAAGAAGCAGGAGCAUAUUAACCCAUUCCAAUGUCUUUUCUACAUGUCUUCAUUUUUAAUAAAAAAGAUUAAACAAAUAAA